AUGAGUAAUAGUUUGAGACGGUCCAGUGCGUCAUCUUCUUCGUCGCAGGGGAAACCAGGACGAAAUGGCAGUGGGAAUGGAUCGUAUUCUCAAAUCAAUUCCAGUUUGCAUGCCAGAGUGAAAGCUUUCCAAGAACAGAGACAGUUGAAACGGUCCGGUAGUAUUCAUUCUAACCAGUCACAGAAUUCGGUUCAGAUAGAGCAGAUUGUGAAUAAACCGUUGCCGCCUCUGCCACCGAAGACAAUGGUUGAAGAGGCUGAGAAUAGCCAGCAAUUAGAACAACAACAACAACAACAACAUAAUAUACAAAUACAGCAAACACAACAGCAACAACAACGACAACCGAUCCUAAAACAACAGGACCAGCAUCUACAGCAUCUACAGCAUACGGAAUUGUUAGCACAAUCAGUUACGGAAAAUGACCAGCAUGAUCAGCAGCAACAGCAGCAGGGGGGCCUGCUGCUGUCUCCUAAGACAGAACUUCCCGAUAUAGAGGAAAAGAAGGGACAGUUUGAGAAGCAGACACAAGAGGCUCUGGCGAAUUUGAGUAUACAGUCUGACGGUAUGUCAUCUGCUUCGGAAUCUUCUGGUAGUGCCAGUAAUAAGCAACAACAGGAUCAUGAACUCAAUCCGAUUAGAAAGGCUCCAAAACGUCCGCAAGGUGUUCCCAGUUGUACUGGCAGCGGCAAUGCUGGUGCGCCAAGUCCAAUUGGUGGCGUGGGAGGUUCUCAGGCAGCAGCAGGUACUUUCAGACCGCCUGCUGCUGCUGGGGGCGUUGUAAUGCCAAAUCAACCAAGGCUUUCACAAGGUCAGCCACAUCUACAAAAGGCUAAACAGUCUUUGUCUGCAAGAAGAGGCUUGAAGCUUCCUACGGGCGGCAUGUCCUUGAAGAUGAAACCAACACAUCAACAACAGCAGCUUGCUCCUCAACAUACACAUCAAGAAUUUGCGGGCGCUCCCUCCAAUUCUGCUUUGCCCUUGCAAGGAAAACGUUCGAAUCCCGGAUCUUUGAUUAAUGGUAUUCAAUCCACUUCUACUUCUUUGGCUAAUAGUUCACAUGAUACACUUGGCACUGAUCCUAAAUCUAAUCCUACUUCUAAUUCUAACUCUGGUAUCGGUGGAUUGUUUGCUAAUUUUUCCAAGUAUGUCAAUAUUAAAUCAGGAUCUCUAAAUUUCGCAGGUAAGCUGUCUUUAUCCUCUAAAGGUGUAGACUUUAGCAACGGUUCCAGUUUCCGGAUAAAGUUAGAUGAACUAGAGUUUCUGGAAGAAUUGGGUCAUGGUAACUAUGGUAACGUAUCCAAAGUUUUACACAAGCCGACUCAUAUCAUAAUGGCCAUGAAGGAAGUCAGAUUGGAAUUGGACGAAUCAAAGUUUAGACAGAUCUUAAUGGAACUUGAAGUUUUGCAUAAUUGCCAGUCACCGUACAUUGUGGAUUUCUACGGUGCAUUUUUCAUUGAAGGUGCCGUUUAUAUGUGUAUGGAAUAUAUGGAUGGUGGAUCUCUAGAUAAAACUUAUGAUGAUGAACAAAUAGGGGGGAUUGACGAACCACAACUAGCAAGGAUAACAAGCUCAGUAAUACAAGGAUUGAAGGAAUUGAAAGACGUGCAUAAUAUCAUCCAUCGUGAUGUUAAACCAACUAAUAUCUUGUGUUCUGCAAGCCAGGGUACAAUUAAACUAUGCGAUUUUGGUGUGUCAGGUAACCUCGUUGCCUCUUUAGCCAAGACAAAUAUCGGUUGUCAAUCUUACAUGGCCCCAGAAAGAAUCAAAUCACUGAAUCCGGACAAAUCAACGUAUUCUGUCCAAUCAGAUAUCUGGUCUUUGGGUCUAUCGAUAUUGGAAAUGGCAUUGGGAGCUUAUCCGUAUCCGCCAGAAACGUUUGACAACAUAUUCUCACAGUUGAGUGCCAUCGUCGACGGCCCACCUCCUAAACUUCCAGAGGGAAAGUUCUCAGCCGAUGCUCAAAACUUUGUUUCCAUGUGUUUGCAAAAAAUCCCUGAACGUAGACCCACUUAUGCCGCUCUAUUAGAACAUCCAUGGUUGAAAAAAUACGAAAACGUUGACGUAAGAAUGAGUGAAUACAUAACGAAUAGAUUGAACAAAAAAAGGGAAUUGCUAGAACAAACAGGCGAAGGUCCACCUAAGCACGUUCCUGCUUUGCAUAUGGGCGGAUUGUAA